UUGCCAUAAGUUUGUUUUUGCUCAAUGAACGCCGAUGAAAGGGAAGUCUUGAGCAAGUUAAUCAAAGAAAUUACUGAAGCUGGGGAAUGGCUGUUAGAUUCAACUCGUUUAAAGAGUAUAAAAUCUAUUUGCAAACGAUCAGAUCUCUUAGUUGAAUGUGCAUUCCACGUCAUUAUGGCACAAUUAAAGAAAAAGCAUGCACAGAUACGCUAUUCUUGUGUACAAUUGAUUGAACAGUUAUUUGAGCGCUCGAAAUUGUUCAGACGUUUGUUAACCGAUGACUUUCCCUUAUUCAUUCAAUUGACUAUUGGUGCACAAAGCAAGCAGCCUUUGCCACCACCAGCUCAAUUUGCAACUAAACUUAAAGAGUAUGCAAUUGCUUUGAUCAGAUCUUGGCUCUUAAAGUUCAAUGAUAAAUACCCUCAAAUCGGUAUUUCGUACCAGUUUUUACUGGAUAAUAAUAUUGUUGGCAGUACGUCUUUAAACACAAUACAUUCUGAAAACCGUAGCAAAGCAGAUAAAAGUGCGAGAAAGAAAGCAUUUCAAGUAAAUCGCUAUGAAUUGUUAAAGGCUGAUGUUGAAGAGCAUACAGAAUUGAUUCUGGAUAAUUUGAAUAGCAUGCAAGGAUGCUUUGAUAUUCUAAUUCCAAGAUUUACAGGCACGGAUGAGGCUGAUUUCGACGCUUUACUUCGUGGGGAUACUGCGAACGAAAGCAUAAACCCCGAUACUUACAAACAGGAUAUUGCGGAACAUGGAUUGGGAUCUAGUCGAUAUACAAUAACGAUUGAUAUGUCUGACGAAGCAUUGAGGGAAGAGAUUCAUGAAACGGAGGACAAUGCAAUCAUUUUCGACCAAUUACGUGAAGCUUAUACUCUUUUGAAGACAAAACAUAUCAAUCAGGUCAAUAAUUGGAUCAACACAUUAGUUAGAAUAGAAAUACCAGAUAAAGCUGAAAAAGAAAAACUUGUGAAAAAAUUGAUCAAAUUGAAAAGUAGGCUUUUAGAAGCAACGCAGAAGGCGGAAAGCUUGGGGAUUGAUGUUAAACACCGUAAGGCCCAUGGCAUCGAUGGCGACAAUAUUGAGUCAGAAGAGGAAGAUGAUGAGUUUGUAGAUGAAUUGUUUGAGGAAGUAGAGGUGAAGCCCUUAGCAAGCACGUCUAAAGAAAGAUCUACAGCGGCCGUUGGCAGUACCAAGUUACCGCCGAUGAAGAGAAUUUUUCCGUUGGCAUACGAACCUCAGAUGAUAGAGGAUCCGACGUAUAGUGGUGCUCCUAUGAUAAUUAAUGAUGAAGAGAGUGUGCAGAUAACUGACAAAGGAAAGCAGAAAAUGGAUGAUAAACGGGAAGAGUUAUUAAAGCGCGCUCCAGUUGUAGAGUGGGGUGAUGAUCUUUAUUAUUGGGAUAAAGAUAAAGUACAGUUCAAUACUAGUGGUAUAGAAAGAAGCCAUCGAUUCAUGGGGGUAGGUGAGGGUACAAAUGAAAUUCCUCAGCAUGUACUUGAAGAGCUGCGUAAAAGGCCUGUAUAUUACAAAUCAAAAGUUCCCACUGAUCUGCCGAUCUGCCGGCAUCCACUACACAAUGGUGGGCUUUGUCCACGGAGAGAUCUUCUUAUAUGCCCUUUCCACGGUAAGAUUAUUCCACGAGAUGAACUAGGAAGACCAUUGGAUGGAGAAACCGCUUCGGAACAAUCGACGACAACUAUGCAAGGAAAUGAUCCAAUCGACGAUACAGUUUAUGAUCCAAAAUCGAAAAAAGCUGACCCUAAAGUUAUGAAUAAUUUAUGGCAACUGCUGGAAGGAGAUGUAAUGAGCCAAGCGGGACAACCUAGGAUUACUAUGAAAAAAAGCAAGCAGAAUAAAGGAAAACCAGAAUCAUCACUCAUAGACAUCAAAAAGAAGCCUACUACCAGCCUUGAGCGUUUAAAGCAGCAUAUCGAUUCUCCCAAAAAACGUAAAGCCGUGGUAGAAGCAAUGGAAUACGAGCAAGAAAUGAGAUCAAGAAACAAAAAAGCCAACAUAUGGAAUUAGUAUUAGACAUACUUACUUUUGUUGUUAGCCAUCAGUACCUAUAUAUCCUGAAGGAAAUUCUUCCAAAAAUACUAAAGCCUCCUUCUCGUCACUUUUACACUGAUUUGUAUUUUCCAAUAACGUUACAUUGUAAUUGUUAUUAUAAGAAAGCGACGACGUGUUCGAGUAAGAAAAUGUUUUCAUGGCGAUGUUUUUCAUUGUUCACAUGGCUCGUCUUCAUUUAUUCUGACAAGCAUUCCAUGUUACUAUUAUUCAUUUGCUAUAUUGGCAAUAUUAUCAAUUAUUCCACAGUCUAUCUCUAUUUUUGAUGUAAUACUACCAUAUAAGUUACCUUACAGCAGCAGUAAUAAAAAACUUACGAACGAUUUGACGUUUUAAAGAAUACAAACAGAAGAGAAAAAAGUAAAAAACGU